AGAAACAGCUAACUUUUAGUUAUCUUAUAGCCGUGCCUGUAGAUAGUCGUGUCAGCAGGUAAUCCUGCCAGCAAGUAGCCAUGUCUUAACGGUUACCAGCAGGUAGCCGUGUACUGCAUGGUCGUGCCAGCAGGUAGCCGUGUACUGCAUGGUCGUGCCAGCAGGUAGCCGUGUACUGCAUGGUCGUGCCAGCAGAUAGCCGUGUACGUGUCGUUCCAGCAGGCAACCGUGUCCUGUCCGUGCCUGCUGUUCACCUAGCAACCAGUACCCCGUUGCAUCCUGAGAAAGGUCAGUAGGUGGCCAGGGGAUACCUCGGGAAGCCGAAGUACAGGGGUCCUGUCCCCUACAGGAAGCCAGCUGCAUCAGCUGUAUAAGCUUAGUGUGAAGUGUGGUGAACAAGAGAAUUCGUUCUUUCAGUCGACGGGAUGAGGCUUCCGCGGCAGUUGACUGUGGUAGUGGUCGGGCUGAUCUUCCAAACUCAAUUUUUCCAUCUUAAUCAAGCCAACUUUCUUCAUGCAGGUUGUUCAAUUCAAAACAACUACAAAAGUACCACUUUUGAAGAUUCCGUAUUCUUUUAUAUGCUGUUUCCACCUCGGGCAUCUACGUUCAGCAUUGAAGUUGAUCAGAGGGGAAUCAAGAGACGCAUCCAAACAAAUGAGUCCACUGAACACCAGCAGAAGUGGCUGGCGUUGGAGUUAGUGCUGAAGGAGAGGCUGGAGGUGCGCUUCAGGAACGGCAGUGUAUGGUUAACUGAGGAUGAUAAGGUGACGGAGCGAGAGCCUGAGAAGGUGGUUAAGAUACGUGGCAGUCGCUUCAUGACGGAUUGUCCCCAAGAGACGCCGAACUGGAGGUUAGAGGACGGAUACGAGGACAUGACGCUGAUGGUGGGGGCAGAGAAGGUGGUGUUGAGCGCCAUGCCCACCUCCCCGACGAGGAUGUUCCUGACAGUGGCCAGGGAGGAGAUGGUGAUCUGCUGGACACACGCUACAAACACGACGUUCUUGUCGUUGGUCACAGCCAUGCCCGCUACCUGCGACCCUCUGCCUGCCUACGCUACCUUCUGGCUGGCCUUAGAUUAUGAUGCUUACGUCUUCAAGGUCACACGACUGGGUAACAACGAGGACAUCUUGUGGGUCACCCACUUGGACGACAUGACGGCCAGAGUGACCUUCAAGGGCAGCGGCUUGAGCAGCGCCGUGUACAUGGUCCACCACCUCCGGGGCUUCCCUCCUCCACUACCCCCUGGGGGCGCGUCUACGGUCACCCAGCCCCGUGUCACCCAGAGAUCACCUGAAGGAAUGUGUGUGAAGGUGUCGCUUCCCCUGGUGGCGGUGUUGGGGCUCCUCCUCAUCGCGUUCAGCGCCCUCGCUAUGGUCUUCUACCACCGCUGGACCAAGGUAUUGGUGCUCUUACGAGGCUCGACUAGCGGGGAGGGACAAUGUACCAACUUCAAGACACUGCAGAAUCACCAUGGGCCCACAGGGACGCCACCUACCCUGCCCUCCAGCUCACCGCCCUCUCUGCACGCCCACUACGUCAACCAGCCAGGGAAUGUCUCCAGGAGUGAGCACGUCUACGAGGAAGUGGACAUGAUCUUCGGGCACUCGCAGAAUAACCCGAGAACCUCUCAUGAAAACCCGAUUUUUGAUCACAUUCACAGUGAGGACAAGAAAGUUCAAUGGCAAUCAAAACUUAACAGAAAAUGAGAAAUUGUUCAAAGGAAUAGACAAACAGAUAAUAUAAUUAUUUCUAUUAAGGAUAUAUUGCCAUGAAGCAGAAUCGAGUGACUAGCCAACAUACAUCAUGGCCCUAUCUAUCUAUAUAUAUAUCUAUCUAUCUAUAU